AUGUCUUGCGGGGUAUGCGAGGCCGCCAACACGCCGCUGGUCUGCGACCAGUGCUUCGCAGGCUCCCCCUGCCUGUCCGAUAAGCGCAGCUUGCUGGAGCAGCGGGAUGCCGCGGCGCAGCAGCUGAAGGCUGUGUUGGCAGACAAGGUGUGCUCGCCGCCGGCCGACCUGCCCGCUGCCCAGCGUCUGCGGUUGGCGCACCGCCUCAACGACUCUUGCGCUCCCCCCCUGCUGGCGUGCUACCAGGUGGCGCACCAGCAGCAACAGCGGCAGCUGUUGCACCUUGCCGAAGAGCUGCGUGCAACCCGCCAGCAUGCCGCCGAGGUCGACCGCCAGCUGCAGGUGGAGCGUCGUGGCAUACUGGCGGGCCAUCAACAGCAGCAGCAGCGGCAGCUGCGCCUGCGUGAGGUGCAGCAGGACCUGGAUGCACUGUCCCGCCAGAUGGAGGCCCUGACAGCGCCGCAUCGCAACCAAAAGGUGCAGGCCUGCGUCCGCAGCCUCGAGGCGCUGGCACGAGAGCAGCGCACCAAGGUGGUGUCACGAGCCAUGGAGAUUUUGCCGCUCAAGCUUGUGCCUUUGACUUGCCCAGUCGCAUCCAACAGCGGCAGCCGCAGCAGCCUUGGUGCCGCAGCCCAGCGCGACUGCGCCGCAGUCUGCUCCCUGGUACUGCCUGACAAGCCAGUCGGCAUGACGGAGCUGGCACAGCUCGCUGGCUCGCUGGGCAGCGCGCUGGGCUACCUGGCACUGCUCCUGGACCUGCUGUCCCGCUUCCUGCAGCUCCCUGUGGCGCAUCGUGCCGCCUUCCAGGGCUCCACGUCGCGGCUGUGGCAGCCCGAUGGGUUCUUUGAUAUGCGCCCCUUGCCCCCCAACGAUGCCCUACGGCUGAGUUGGCCCGCGGCUGCCGAUGGCGGCCGCAGCGGCUUGGGCCUGAGCGCCCUUGGAGGUGGCGGCAGCGCUGCUGCCACACAGCAACAACAGCGCCGUAUGGAACAGCAGCUGCAGGCUGCGCUGCACGAGCUGCAGCGCUCAGCGGGCUUGCUGGUGUAUGCCAGAUUGGGGCCAGAGGCAGCAUUUAAAGUGCCAGAGGACCGCUUGCCCUUUACCUGGCUGGCCAAGCUCUGCAAGCUUCUGGCGCUGGAGCCGCGGUCAAGCACUGGGCGCGUGGCGGUGCCAAGGGCAGGCCCCUUGCACGCCAGCGCUGUACUGGGGCGCAGCAGUUUGCUAGCUGGCAGCGCCUCCAGCAGCCAAAUGGACCUGGACUGUCCAACCCUGCUGACCUCGGAGGGGCCCACUACCUAUGAGGCGCCCGAGGAGGAUUGGGAGCACUUGCCGCGGCCGGCGUACGGCAUGAUGCCACCACGCCCCUGGGAGUUGGAGGAUGUCGAGCACUGGGAGCAGGCAAAUUUUGCUGACGGUGGCGGUGCAGGCGGAGGCGGCAUCGGGGGCAGCACCGUGUCGUACGGAAGCAGCCCAAUAGCGGCGCUGCAUGCCUGGUUCACUAACCGCACACGUAUGUACCUUGGCACCGCCCAGCCCACUGGGAGCUGA